AGACUCGAAUAAUGUAAAUCACACGCACAGAACACGUUCUCACUGACGGUUCACGCACAGACACGUGAAAAAGACUGCCCAAAUUUAAUUAAUAACGUGGCGUUCUAUAAGAGAUCGCCAUCCAAGUCGUAGUUGCAAAGCCGACAGCUGUGCUUCAGUCGAAGCCUUCCCAGUAAUUUUGUUUUCAUUUUUCAAAGUAGUAUACCUAUCGGAAAUCUAUUGAUUAUGGCUGACUUUUUGAUCACUGGUGGAACUACUUACGUUCCAGAAGACGGACUCGUUGGCUCUUCUUUGUUCAACGUUGGAGAUGGACUUACCUACAAUGACUUCAUUAUUCUACCUGGGUUUAUUGAUUUUGCAGCUGAAGAAGUGGACCUGACAUCUGCCCUGACAAAGAAAAUCACUCUGAAGGCCCCACUCGUUGCUUCCCCUAUGGAUACUGUUACUGAAUCUGAAAUGGCCAUUUCUGUUGCACUGUGUGGUGGCAUUGGAAUCAUUCACCACAAUUGCAGCCCUGAAUAUCAGGCCACUGAAGUUUCCAAAGUGAAAAAAUACAGGCAUGGCUUUAUCAGAGAUCCUGUUGUGCUGACAACUCAACAUACUGUUGGAGACGUCUUGGAAAUUAAAAGAAAGAAAGGCUUCUGUGGUAUCCCUAUAACUGAAAAUGGGCGUAUGGGAGGAAAACUUGUUGGCAUAGUCACUUCAAGAGACAUUGAUUUCUUAGAAAAGUCAACUGAUAUUCCACUGGAACAUGUGAUGACCAAAGCUGGAGAUUUGGUAACAGCCCCAUCCGGUGUCACUCUUCAAGAAGCUAACGCUAUAUUAGAAAAAUCCAAGAAAGGCAAAUUGCCCAUCGUUAACGAGUGCGGUGAACUGGUGAGUCUCAUUGCUCGAACCGAUUUGAAAAAAUCGCGAGAGUAUCCGUUUGCAUCAAUGGAUCCUGGCAGACAGCUACUUGUGGGCGCUGCAGUUGGCACUCGCGAAGGUGACAAACAAAGGUUGCAGCUCUUGGUCCAAGCAGGCGUCGAUGUUGUUGUCUUGGACUCCUCCCAAGGCAAUUCGAUUUUCCAAAUCGACAUGAUUCAAUACAUCAAGCAACAUUAUCCCGAUCUGCAAGUAGUUGGUGGCAAUGUUGUUACUGCUGCUCAGGCCAAGAAUCUGAUCGACGCUGGUGUAGACGGGUUGCGCGUUGGUAUGGGCAGUGGAUCAAUUUGCAUCACGCAGGAAGUGAUGGCUGUUGGCCGCUCGCAAGGAACAGCCGUCUAUAAAGUAGCCGAAUAUGCUCGCCGUUUUGGAGUUCCAGUCAUCGCUGACGGAGGCAUUCAGUCCGUUGGUCACAUAAUCAAAGCCCUGUCCCUUGGAGCCUCAACAGUCAUGAUGGGCUCGAUGUUGGCUGGAACAACUGAAUCUCCCGGCGAAUACUUUUUCUCUGAUGGUGUCCGGCUGAAAAAAUACCGCGGAAUGGGUAGUCUUGAAGCCAUGGAGAAGAAGGACACGAAAGGAGCGGCAUCCAGUCGCUACUUCCAUCGUGAAUCUGAUAAAAUCAAGGUAGCACAAGGCGUUAGCGGUGCUAUUCAGGAUCGAGGAUCUGCUUUGCGUUUCCUGCCCUAUCUUCAGACGGGCAUUCGUCAUGGUUGCCAGGAUAUUGGAGCUCGAUCUCUGUCCCAUUUAAGGGCAAUGAUGUACUCUGGAGAACUGAAGUUUGAGCGCCGUACUCCUUCGGCUCAAAUGGAGGGAGGCGUCCACGGCCUCUAUUCGUACGAAAAGCGUUUGUUUUAAAAGGAGAAACAACGGGAUCCAGUCAACAGCUUUAAUCCAAAAUGCUCAGCUGAUUGAUAUUAACUAGACCUGGAGCCAUAGUCGGAACUUGGAUUGAAGUCGAGCCGAAAUUGAGAUUGGGACUUGCAUCCUAUUCCAAAGCCAUGGAUGUCGCUUCCAAUCUCAAUUAAGAAAUGAAACUCCAAUCCAAGUUAGAUCUACGACUCUUUCAACUGACCAUUUGGGUGCUCUUGUUUAGAACACCUGUUUACUUCUUUUGUCCGACUAUUUCUCGGCACAUUCCCUAACACUGUGACAAACUAAAUUUUGGUUUUCCUUUAGAAAAUCAACCCUUCCCUUAAUGAAUUCUAAAUGAUUAUUUUUGAAAUGAGAAAAUUUCAAAUUAGAUCGAUCAACCAAAACUGUAUAAUUGUGUUAGCUCCUCAGCCUAUGUCCUGUUGACCAUUUAUCAGAUUCCCGCGCAUUGGAGAACAAUGAAACGAGACUGAAUAUCGUUGUUUAUUCUAAUAUUUCUGUGGAAUGAAAUAUAGAUUUAUAGUGGAA